AUGUGCGAGUGGUACCGACGCAACUAUGCCUGCGGGCAUCACUUUACCGGCGCCUCCGAGUGGUGCUAUCGAUACAGCCAGACACAGAAACGCUGCAAGGUUGUCGUGACACAGGUCGACUACGACUCAUCUGUUUGCAAGAGCUGUAUGAAGAAGGGCGCAAAGACCAAAGUGCCCUGGGAGCACAUGAUUGACCGCUCGAAAUUCGACCCCAACCGAGACGAAUGA